AUGAUUAACAUUAUCCUAACCUAUUUGGCAGCUAUCACCAUCUUUUGUAGUGUGCAUGAUGCAAAAAUAUGUUAUGAUGUACACAGAAGAAAUACCAAGAGUAACGUACUUUUUAUUGAAAAAAAUGCUUACCACAAAGUUAAGUAUCGUCUCAAAGCGAAGGAAUUUGUGAAUUUCAGGGAAAUACAACUACAGAGGAUAAAAGAUUAUAGAAAGCGCAGUGGGCCAGACAAAAAUAAUAUUAACUACAACGUGAAGGAUGCAUAUAAUUAUCAUGAUAAUUUGUACGCGGAUGAUAAUAUAGUGUCAUAA